UAGAUAACUUGGGUGUGAUAUUGAGAGAAUCGAGAAAGAGCCAAGAAUUCUUGCCUGAAAUCAUUCAAUAUGUGCGGGGAAUGUGUAAAAAGCAAAUGUCCAGACAGGGGCAACAUAUGUUUGGACAACGGAUCUUACAUUCUCAACUUUGCUCACUGUGCCGAGUGUCAGAAACGAGAACCAAUCAAGAUCGCUCAGAGGAAUGUAGAGGUCAAGGACGAUGGAGAGGAGGUCAUCUCGUAUGAACACAAAUGUACCCACUGCUGCCAUGUGAUAGCUGAGCAUGAGCACACGUUCAGUAUAGAAGGAGAGUAUCAGGAGUAUGCCAUGUACUGCAUGCUUUGUGGGGUUGGGAGCGACACUGUCAGUGUUCUACCUGUCGACCCCAGGAAAGAGAUGACCCUCUUCUAGGCAGCCAUCCACCAGGAUGCUGCCACCAUGCAACAUGUCCUGUUACUGGAUGCUGGAGACAACGUUGUAUCCUGGAGACUGGAAGAGUGCGAUGAACUCAGGAGUACACAGUGCCUCAUCAAAUGGCCAUCUGGGAAGGUUACAGAUAUGGGAGAUGGCAAGAGUGUAACAAACUCUGGAGUACACAGUGCUUCAUCAAAUUUGCUUUAUUUGGUGAAUGGGAGGCUACAUGCAUGGGAGAUGGCAAGAGUGCAACUAACUCAGGAGUACACAGUGCCCCAUGAAAUGACCAUCUUUGGAUGAUCUAGUUAUCAUUGGCGGUUACUGGUAUUCGGCAGAUGGUGAGGUGUACGGCGAGCCUUGUGCAGGAGCUGAGAACAUCCAUACAAGAGAGGAGGUUGCACAUGUAGUUCUUAGAGGCAACGUACAUCUAUGGGCAAGGUGGUGGCAUAAUUUUAACCAGCUGCCUUUUAAUUUUGGUGCCAGAGAAAUAAAAGAUGAAUAAAAAGAUAAUGUUGUAUCAUUUCAAGACUAAUUUUAGUAUUCUUUGGAGUAUGGUAUUCAUGUUUGUGCUUUUAUUUAGUGCACUGUGAAGCACAGGAUGUUUUGAAAUACUGCUGUAAUAGUGCAUUUCCUAUUCGGGAGGCUGCCUUGCGUGACUGCUUUUUUGCUUGCUGAAGUGAAACCAUAUUCAAUACCAACAUAAUGGUGCAUUGCCAUGGCAUGGUCACGGCUCAUGUAGACCUGGGAUUGGAAUACUGGAUUGUUAUGACAGGAACUUCCACAUUGAAAUAGUGGGCUGCUGCGAUCAAAACCAAAUUGUACCGUCUCUGAGGGAUACGUCUCUAUGAUGUUCUUAUAGAAGAUUAGUUAAAGAGCUUUGAUUGAACUUAUAAGAUGUAUAGCUUUAUUGAGGCAGUCAUGUAUCCUCUAUUUUAGCUAUACAUGCUAGUCUGCAUUUGCAGACUCUGUUAACUAGCUAAGUAGCUAUCACUAGUCUCCCAGUCUUGGAUCACAAUCCAUUCUCUCAUGUGUGAUCCAUCUGAAGUAAACAGAUUCUUUUGUAUGUAAUCAACAAGUUGAUCUCUCACUUGUGUAUGCCACUGUAUCAGCAGCUUACUAGUGCUGGUAGGUCCAAGUAUAAGGACCUUGUCCUCUACUGCGAACUUCCUAUCUCUGCAUGUAGCUGUAGUAUCAUAGUAUUUCUUGUUAUUUCUUGUACAAAAAGAAAAAGAAAAACUAUCAACAUUAGGUUUGUUUACAGUCAACUGCUGCAAGCACAGUGUGGAUGGCUCAAAUAAGUGCAUUUAUGGUAAUUUGUGCAUUAUAUCAUCAUUUAUUAAAGUCAGCAUUUUCCCUCUUGCGAAGGGUUACUGACUUUUGUAACAUGACACUUCCUCCGUAAUAUAGAAUUAUAUAGAAUUAUGUACAUAUAUCUGCCUGUACACUGUCAUGACAAUAAAGUUGACCUUUAUUCAAUAAAA